AUGAUGUUGAAGAACAACCAGGACUUCAGCGCAGUAGAGUUGGAGCUGAAGAAGUUCAAGUCAGUUACAAUUGGGCAGCGCAAAGCGGGUCAAUGGGUAACAAAACACCACUUGAUGAAUACUUUGAACUGGACGAAGAAAAUGGCUGACAACGCUUUUGAAUAUGCCUCGAAGAACAACUUGAUUAGGACCAACGAAAUACAUGGGGAAAGCGAGGCCAAGCUUGUUCUUGAAGAUGCCUUUUCCCAUGAACAACGUGAAGGGGAGGAGUCUACCAGCAAAACCAACAUGUUGGCAGAGGAUCCUGAUGGCCAGUUCCUUGAGAGCGACCUGCCCUCGAGCUCUCGCCUCGCCAUCUUGAAGCACGGCAACGAUGACGAUGAGAAGCCUGAUGGGGCAGGGGCGAACUUUGGCUCUUUCAAGCAUGCCAGCCAGAUUCAGAUCCAGCUGAAUCACAUGACGGAUGUCUACAGCAAGCUCGAAACUUUGCAGAAGGAAUGCGCCGUAAGCCGAACUGCCAGGCCUGAGACACAACAGGCAAUUCUACAGCUUUGCGCCAGUUGCACAAAGACUGACGUUGCCUUGAACAAUUUGGUGGUGCGUGCCAGGUUGGGGUAUUGCAUUGUUCUGUUGAAUUCUUAUAAUAAACCAAAAUGA